GUCAACACUACGGCUAAACUUUUACAACACACGAUGGCGUUUUCUAAAUACAUUUGUUUUUCACUUACAAUAGCAGCAAUUUCCAUUGCAUCGUUGUCGGUUGUCAGUUGUGUUAAAAGUGGUACAUUUGUUGAUGGUGGUGAUUCUAAAGAACCUGAAAGUGCAAACGAUUUGCCAACUAUUACGCGACCACUUGUUGUGCAAAACUUCGAUGCUUGCUUAUCCAGCUACAUUGGAGACAGAAACGAGAUAGUAUUAUUAUUGGACUACGAUGGAACAUUAACAGAUAUCGUUCAACGUCCUGAAAUGGCUACAAUACCCGAUGACACUAAAACCGUUUUACAAACAUUGGCCGGAAUGCCAAAUGUGCACGUAGCAAUUAUUUCGGGACGAGGAUUAGGCGAUCUUAAAAAAAUGGUCGGUAUCAACGAUUUGACUUAUGCUGGUAACACUGGUCUUGACAUUAUUUUUCCCAAUGGCGACGACUUUAAAUUUCUAAUACCGGCACCGAUGAAAAUAACAUUCGACAAUUUGAAAAAUUCUCUCGAAAAAGAGGUUUGCAAACAUGGUGCUUGGGUAGAAGACAAAGGACCUACGAUGACCUACCAUUACCGUGAAGUACCUGAUAGUUUACGUCCUGAGCUGGUGGAAAGAGCUCAUUUUCUCAUUGAAAAAGCUGAGUUUAAAGCGGGCAAAGCUCAUUGCGCUAUUGAAGUAACACCUCCUGUAGAUUGGGACAAAGGGCAUGCAGCUUUGUACAUUUUAAAUAAAUUCUUCCCAAGAAAUUGGAUGGAAAUUCCUACAAUUUUCGUUGGAGAUGAUACGAAUGACGAAUAUGCUAUGAAGGCAUUGCAAAGAACGGCUGUUACAUUCCGCGUAGAUGCGACUAAAACAGUUGACACCUUAGCUAAAUACCGUUUACUGAACCCCACGUGUGUGUUAGCUAUGCUUAAAUGGGUGCUGAGACGUUUCAAUACGUGAAAUUGGAAAAUUAGAAACUUAAGUGAUAUUUAACAACUAUUGUUGUGCGAAACCCAAAUGGACUUUGUUAUACCUGAAAUUAUUUUUGACCCA